CAUUACAGACUUCCUUAGUUUUUUCCAGAGAUUUUGGUUUGCUUGUAUUUGUUCGGAAAUCACUUAGCUUUGAUGAAUUUCGUGAUUGCAGAGAAGAAGUCCUAAAAUUUUUAUGUGUUUUCUUAGAAAAAAUUGGCCAGAAGAUCAUGCCAUACUCUCUUGAUAUUAAGAAUAUUUGUACCAGCGUUUAUACAAAAGAUAGAGCUGCUAAAUGUAAAAUCCCAGCCCUAGACCUUCUCAUUAAGUUACUCCUGACUUUGAGAAGUUCUAGACUCAUUGAUGAAUUUAAAGUUGGAGAAUUAUUUAGUAAAUUCUAUGGAGAACUUGCAUUGAAAACAAAAAUACCAGAUACAGUUUUAGAAAAAGUAUAUGAGCUCCUAGGAGUAUUAGGUGAAGUUCAUCCCGGUGAGAUGAUAAAUAAUUCAGAAAACUUGUUCCGUGCAUUUCUGGGUGAACUUAGAACCCAGAUGACAUCAGCAGUAAGAGAGCCCAAACUACCUCUUGUGGCUGGAUGUCUGAAGGGGUUGUCUUCACUUCUUUGUAACUUCACUAAGUCCAUGGAAGAAGAUCCCCAGACAUCAAGAGAGAUUUUUGAUUUUGCACUAAAGGCAAUUCGUCCUCAGAUUGAUCUGAAGAGAUAUGCUGUGCUCUUAGCUGGCUUACGCUUAUUCACCCUGCACGCAUCUCAAUUUAGCACCUGCCUUCUGGACAACUACGUUUCUUUAUUUGAAGUACUGUCAAAAUGUUGUAGCCAUACAAAUGUUGAAUUGAAAAAAGCUGCACAUUCAGCCCUGGAAUCCUUCCUGAAACAGGUUUCUUCUAUGGUGGCAAAAGACGCAGAUAUGCAUAAGAGUAAGUUGCAGUACUUUAUGGAACAGUUCUACGGAAUCAUCAGAAAUAUGGAUUCAAACAAGAAGUUAUCUAUUGCUAUUCGUGGAUAUGGACUUUUUGCAGGACCUUGCAAGGUUAUAAAUGCAAAAGAUGUUGACUUCAUAUAUGUUGAGCUCAUCCAGUGCUGCAAACAAAUGUUCCUCACCCAGACAGACACUGUUGAUGACCAUGUUUAUCAGAUGCCAAGUUUUCUCCAGUCUAUUGCAAGUGUCCUGCUCUACCUUGACACAGUUCCUGAGGUAUAUACUCCAGUUCUGGAACAUCUCAUGGUGGUGCAGAUAGACAGUUUCCCACAAUAUAGUCCAAAAAUGCAGUUGGUGUGUUGUAGAGCCAUCGUGAAAGUUUUCCUAGCCUUAGCAGAAAAAGGACCAGUUCUUUGGAAUUGCAUUAGUACUGUGGUGCAUCAGGGUUUAAUCAGAAUAUGUUCUAAACCAGUGAUCCUUCAAAAGGACGCUGGGUCUGAGUCUGAAGAUCAUCGUGCCUUGGGAGAAGUUAGAACUGGCAAGUGGAAAGUGCCUAUGUGCAAAGACUAUGUGGCUCUUUUUAGGAAUCUCCUGAGCUGUGACCAGAUGAUGGAUUCUAUUUUAGCAGAUGAAGCAUUUCUCUUUGUGAAUUCCUCCCUUCAAAGUCUGAAUCGCUUACUAUAUGAUGAAUUUGUAAAAUCUGUUUUGAAGAUUGUUGAGAAAUUGGAUCUUACACUGGAAAAACUGACUGUUGGGGAACAAGAGGAUGGAGAUGAGGCUACUGGUGUUUGGGUGAUCCCGACUUCAGAUCCAACGGCUAACUUGCAUCCUGCUAAACCUAAAGAUUUUUCAGCUUUCAUUAACCUGGUGGAAUUUUGCAGAGAGAUUCUCCCUGAGAAACAAGUGGGAUUUUUUGAACCGUGGGUGUACUCAUUUGCCUACAGAUUAAUUUUGCGGUCUACACGGCUGCCACUCAUCAGUGGCUUCUACAAGUUGCUUUCUAUUGCAGUGAAAAAUGCCAAGAAAAUAAAAUAUUUUGAGGGAGUUAGUCCAAAGAGUCUGAAACACUCUCCUGAGGACCCAGAAAAGUAUUCUUGCUUUGCAUUAUUUGCAAAAUUUGGUAAAGAGGUAUCAGUUAAAAUGAAGCAAUACAAAGAUGAACUUUUGGCCUCCUGUUUGAACUUUGUUCUGUCCCUGCCACAUGACAUCAUUGAACUUGAUGUCAGAGCCUACGUUCCUGCCUUGCAGAUGGCUUUCAAACUGGGCCUAAGCUAUACCCCGUUGGCAGAAGCAGGCUUGCAUGCCCUAGAAGAAUGGUCAGUUUACAUCCACAAACAUGUAAUUCAGCCUUAUUACAAAGACAUUCUCCCCUGCCUUGAUGCAUACUUGAUGACUUCAGCUUUAUCAGGUAAGGUUCAGAAGAAUUGGGAUGGAUACU